GGUGGCCGGGAAUAGGAUGCUGUCAGGCCAAGCAGACGCACCGACCUAACGGAGAUAAACCGCAGCAGCAUCCUUUGUUUUCUGGAGCUGGAUAUGUAGAUUAUGGACAUGGCAGAUUCACAAGGGAUUGAGAGCAAAGCUGACCUCUGCAAUUAUUACAAAUCACAAGACAACCCCAGCUGUGACACCCAUUGACAACCUACAGCACCUGGAAGAGAAGAGGGACGCGUCCUGUUCUGACAGCCAAUAGCAAAAGCUUGGAGCAUAGGAGGACACAGGAGACUGAAUCACGACCACUGAUCAUGUGGCGAGCUUAAACAAGAGCUGAAACAACGGUGGAGAGGCCAUCGGGCUUUCUUUUACCACCAUCCCCUGCUUUUCCUUGGGCCCUGUGGAAGUACUCAUCCACACCAUUGCACUGAAACACACUCACCACUUUUACCUACUUUCCAUCCUGUCACUGCAUUCAUUCUCUUCUAUUUCUAUACAUCUAUCUGUCCAUCUUGCUUGAUGAAUAGGUCAGAACUUAAGCACCGCAAACCAGUACAUACCUCUCAGUAAAGACCAGUGAACUUAAGUAAUUUAGGCUGCAGAGCUGCUAAUGGAAAGAGAUCUUCCUACUCGAGCAAUGCAGUAGUAUAUAAUCACUGUAGUACCUCACCAGCCCUCUAGCCCAGAGUUUGGCUCGGUCACAGGCACCCAUAGGCCAUGAGGAGGGUCAGGGGCUUCAUCUCUUUCUAGACUCUCUCUUCUCCACCUUGUGUCUUCAUGUUUAGGGGGUCCUCUGGUGCCCCCGCCCUCUGUCGACCCCCCUGCACCUGCUGCCACCACGGCCGGCCAACCCAGUCACCUCGUUGCCAUGCCGACAGAGACACUGGCUCCAGCCUUGCCAGAUAGCAAGGCCGCUAGCCCUGCAACACCCUUCAGUUCUGCUGUACCCCUCCGCAUCCUCAACAAGGGCCCUGACUACUUCAGGAGACAGGUGGAACCUAACCCCAAGCGCCUCAGUGCUGUAGAGAGACUAGAAGCUGACAAAGCCAAGUAUGUCAAGAGCCAGGAAGUUAUCAACGCCAAGCAGGAGCCAAUCAAACCACCUGUGCUGGCCAAGCCUCCCAUCAGCCACACCUUCCUGUCCAAGAGAGGCUCUGGGAUGAGUGGAGGAGGAAAUGGAGGCGGGAUACCUUUCAAAGCAUCCAAUAACAACGCCAAGUCAGAUACAUGUGCAACAAGCAGCAGCAACAGCAGUAAACGGGAGAAUUUAAACCUCGAGAUCCUAAAAAAUCUGCUAAACUCAUCGUCCUCUUCAGGCGCCGGAUCUGAAGGACUGGGAAGUGGAGCUAAGAGUGCUGUGCUGAUGAGGUCAUCAGGGGGAAUGGCCAGGAGUUGGACACCAUCAGAGAUGCCGUUAACAUAUCGAUCUACAAUGACGCUUAAUGAGCAACCACCAGACUCAGCUCACAUUCCAAGCACCUCACACUCUCUCCGAUCCUUCUCCCAUUCCCUGAAGGUCCCUCCAAUCAACAGUGGGGGACGUCACAGUCCACAACAAGGAGGAAACCUAAACCUCAGUAGACGAGGCCUGGAUGAGAGAGGAGGUGAAGGAGGAGUUAUUGAUCGCUCUCGCUCCCCACUACCGCCUCUGCUCACCUCCCACUCCUCCUCUGACCUCCUGCGACUGUGCAAUGGGAAGCCACUCCGCAAUGCUGGAUCCAGCAGCUCCUCAGCUCCACCCCUACCUCCAAAACCCAACCCUGCCUCCCUCCCUCCUCCCACACUUUCCUUGUCACUGCCUCCACCUCGUCCAACUCCAUCCCCCUCACCCUGUGACAACACCACCCCUCAGUCGCUACCAUGUGAUUUCGGAGACCCUUCCAAUACUUCCACUGAUCCCCACCUGGAGCUUGAGCUUGGUUCCUCUGUGGUUCGUCGCUCCUCGUUACACAGAUCUAAAUCAGACCUGUCAGACCGGUACGCCCGGGCUGGAGCUGACAUGGAACGCUUUUUUAACUACUGUGGCCUUGACCCAGAGGAGCUGGAGGCAGUCGGUCCUGAGAACUUUGCGCGAGCCAACUCAGAUAUUGUCAGCCUGAAUUUUCGAUCAGCUUCUAUGAUCUCCUCCGACUGCGACCGAUCACGGCGAUCCUCCAACGAUGGGCUGUCAGAUGGGGAAGAGGGCGAAGACGAGGAGGAGGAGGCUGGGGAGCGUGUUCCAUAUGGCAUCUCAGCUGUGGAGCGGAAUGCAAGAGUCAUUAAGUGGCUGUACAGCAUCAAACAGGCAAGAGAGACACAAAAAGUGUCACAUGUUUAGGACUAGCACUACAGACAAACUGCCCUGUGUUUCAGAAUUGAUAGAUGGACCAAGAUUUCUCACAGGUUUAGAAACUGCGAUCCUGGGGCUGAACUGAAAAUUUGUGAAAAUGAAUAGAUGGAUGCAUGAAUGGAUGGAGGAGAAAGCCUGACUACUACAAACUAGUUGAGAAAAGAGACAAAUUUUGUUAAGAAAUUAAUGAAAAAUGAGGACUCUAAACCUCCUAAGUCUAGAAUAACAUGAACACUAAGAACAGAACGUAAUAAAAUGUGGAAUUGAUGAAUAUGAACAAAAUGUUCAGUCUGGAAAAACAAAUAAAGACCGGAUCUGUCUGUAAACUAUGGACAUAGUAUAAGGCGACUUAAACAGUUUGCUUGGGCAACAGGAACAAGAGCGAAAUGCACUAAGAUUGUCCAAGGACCUAUAAAGCGAUUGCUUCACUACAAAGGAUUACAGUCCUUUCUCACAGAGUACAUUUUGGCUUGUCAAACAGGUUUCACAAACUUUCCAUUCAGUUGUCGCCUGGUCUCAGGACUCUGAAUCAUCGCCCACAUCUCUAAUCUGUUGAGCAAGUCAAAAAGCCUUGGUUCUGUGCUCAUUCACAACUAUUUCCCCAGUAAAAGGAACAGUUGAACAGUCAAAGCAUUUGAAGUGGAAUUAUGAACUGGGAUAUAGUCUUCCUACAUACAGU